GCGUUCGAACGGCGGCGGCGGGCGGGAACAUGGCCGGGCCGGGGGCGCGGGCUCUGCUCCGGCACUGCCCGCUGCUGCUGCCGCAGAACCGCCACGGCACCGCCUACGAGGGCUUUGUCACUGCCCAGGGUAAAAACUUCCACAUCAGGAUACUGCUACCAGUGGAUUUGCAAUUGAAAAAUGCCUGGAUAGAGUGCAGCUGGCAUCUGAAGAGGAUCCUGCAUGGGUAUCGGCACAUUUUAAAGCAGAGGCUGCACAGCUGCCCAGAUCUUGUCAGCUUUAUGGUGGAGCUGAAAACUGUUUUGGAAAUUGCUUUAAAGAACACACAAGACCUGCACAUCCCACGGCCUCCAGAAUACUACUCCUGUCUUGUCAGAGAUCUAGAAAUACUGGGCUGGAAUAGAGUGGCCUAUGUGGACACUGGGCUGACCACAGUCAAGUUAAAAGCUGAAGACUCUUGUGGUCGACAGCAUCUCAUCACUCUCAAGUUAAAUGCAAAGUAUCCCACAGAACCACCAGAUUGCCUUGUGGAUUUUCCUGUUCCAUUUGCUGUUUCCUGGAUGCCACAGAACUCCUUAAUAGACAUUUACAAACAGUUCCUGGCAGCACUGGAGUCGCUGAAGGAAUUCUGGGAUGCCCUUGAUGAAAUCGAUGGGAAGACAUGGGUGCUUGAGCCAGAAAUUCCCACACGGAGUGCUACAACCAGAAGUUGCAAUAGGGAACAAUGUCUCAGUGAACAUAGAAGUAGAUCCUUGCCAUCCAAACAUGCUUCCGGAAUGUUAUUUCCUUGGAGCAGACCACGAAGUGAACCCUCUGAGAACUAAACUCAACAACAACAUGCACUUGUGGGAUCCGGAAAUCAGUUUGUUACAAAACUUGAGAGAGCUCCUAGGAAUUGAUUUUCCAUCUCGUGCUGUAUUGGAAAAAAGCGACUUUGCCAAGGACUGUGGGAUCUGCUACGCCUAUCGGCUGGACGGCAGCAUGCCCGACCAAGUGUGUGACGAUCCUCGCUGUGGGCAGCCCUUCCACCAAGCCUGUCUCUAUGAGUGGCUACAAGGCCUUCCUACCAGCAGACAGAGUUUUAAUGUCA